GUUUCUGGCUUAUAGUUGGAACGAUGCGGCUUUUGCUUCGCCUGUCGAACUGCACCGACAGGAUGCACGUCUCUAAACUAAAGCUGGCCCAGUCCAGGCUGCUGUGCCUGGAGCACCGGGCGAUCCUGUCGGCCGCCCACCGGAGGAGGAGGCAGUUCGCCGGCGCGAGGACCUCCGCAUGUCCGCCGCCAGCCACUCGCGUCCUUUCGGUCUUGUCCUACAGUCCGCUGUCCACCGGGCUCUCUGUCCUCCGGGGACGGACUCCCAUACACACGCCUGUUGCUCUGGUCAGCUCCUCGGCGACCUCCUCGCCCGCACCUCCAGCCGAGGCCGCGAAGAGCCAGGCGGACGCGGACAGACGGCAGACGCCGACCAGCGUCCCCCUGGAUGACGUUAAGAGGAUUCUGGGUCUUGCUCACCCGGAGAGAUGGAGGCUGGCAGGUGCCAUUGGCUUCCUCACUGUCUCCAGUGGCGUGACCAUGUCGGCUCCCUUCUUCCUGGGCAGAGUCAUAGACACCAUCUACUCCUCCGGGGCAGACACGGAGGCGAUGACGGCCUCGCUGACCUCCCUGUGUCUCAUGCUGACGGGAGUUUUUCUGUGUGGCGGCGCGGCCAACGCUGCCAGGGUCUACCUCAUGCAGGCCUCAGGAAACCAGAUAGUCCGUAACCUCCGAUCCUCGGUCUUCUCCGCCAUCCUCAAGCAAGAAGUGGGUUUUUUUGAUAGGAACAGGACCGGAGAGCUGAUCAACAGGCUGUCGGCGGACACGGCCAUGGUGGGCCACUCGAUCACAGACAACCUGUCGGACGGGCUGAGAGCCGUCGCUCAGGCCGUUGCCGGUGUCAGCAUGAUGUUCUACGUCUCUCCCAAUCUUGCGGGUUUUGUUUUGAUGAUCGUUCCUCCUCUGGCGGUCCUUGCUAUCAUCUAUGGCCGAUACCUUCGCUCCAUCGCCAAGCGUACACAAGAUGCACUCGCCCAAGCCACCCAGCUGGCAGAAGAGCGGAUCAGCAACAUCCGGACGGUCCGUGCCUUUGGUAAAGAGCUGUCGGAGGUCGACGUGUACACGCAGAAGACGGACGAGGUGCUCGCCCUGGCCAAGAAGGAGGCCUUCAUCCGCGCCGGUUUCUUUGGAGUGACCGGUCUGAGCGGUAACCUCAUGAUCCUGUCGGUGCUCUACAAAGGUGGCCUCCUGAUGGCCAGUCAGCACAUGACUGUGGGAGAGCUCUCCUCGUUCCUCAUGUACACCUUCUGGGUCGGCAUCAGCAUCGCAGGUCUGAGCUCGUUCUACUCAGAGUUGAUGAAGGGUUUCGGAGCCGGUGCCAGACUCUGGGAGCUGCUGGACAGAAAGCCUGAGUUUCCUUUAAAUGAGGGCCAGGUCCUUUCUCCAGAUCAGCUGAAAGGCCAGCUUGAGUUCUGCGACGUCUCCUUUGCCUACCCGACCCGGAAGGAGGCUCCUAUUUUCCAGAAUCUGAAUCUGCUGGUCCCGGCAGGAACCAUAAUGGCUGUGGUGGGACCCAGUGGGUCAGGGAAGUCCUCCCUUGUGUCUCUGCUGCUCAGGCUAUAUGACCCAGAUGCCGGUACCAUUUCUAUCGACGGCCAUGACAUCAGGGAUCUAAAUCCCUACUGGCUCAGGAAUCACAUUGGGACUGUCAGCCAGGAGCCCGUCUUGUUUUCCUGCUCCAUCAGAGAUAACAUCGCGUACGGCGCCGCGGACCCGGGUGCGGUGACCGCCGAGGACGUCCACAACGCCGCCAGAGUGGCCAACGCCUACGGUUUCAUCCAGUCCUUCCCCAAGGGCUUCGACACUGUGGUGGGAGAGAAAGGAGUGCUGCUGUCAGGUGGUCAGAAGCAGAGGAUAGCCAUCGCCAGAGCUCUGCUUAAGAACCCAAAGAUCUUGCUGUUAGAUGAGGCCACCAGUGCCCUGGAUGCUGAGAACGAGUUCCUUGUUCAGGAGGCUUUAGAGCGCCUCAUGGAAGGGAGGACGGUGGUGAUCAUCGCUCACCGCCUGUCCACCAUCAAGAACGCCGACUCCGUCGCCGUGCUCGACCAGCAGCGGGUGGCCGAGUGCGGCCAGCCCACGCAGCUGCUGGGAAACAGGCAAGGACUGUUCAGGAAGCUAAUGGAGAAACAGGCGUUCCUGCAGGAAGAGCAGCAGCGAGCGCUUCUCUGAGAGCGCCAGGCGGAGAAAUCGGGGGACAAAUGCGUGGCUCAACGAUUUCCUGAGACUCCCUGUUCUGUGUCACAGCUGAGCAGAUCGCAUUUGGAGCGAAGCCAGGAUUCAGUUGUUCCUGGAAGCUGUUUGAACCUGAGUACAGACACUUUUCUCGCUGGAUCCCAGUGAACAGCCUCUGAUUUCUAAAACCUGCUGUGAAACACUUUCUGUUAUCACUUUAUAUUAUUCAAAACGACAUCUAAAUCAGUCCAGUGUGAGCCAAAAACACCACUAAAUGUAUAUGUAUGUAUUGGUGUCUGUAUAGCAGAUUAUUUUAACACUUGAAGCUUUUUACUGUUAUUUUUAGGCCCACUAAUUGAAUACAUUCGGCUCGUUGAGGUUUUUACACUGUACUGAAGGUAUUUUUGUCCAACAGGUGCUGAUUGGAAAAUGUUUAGAGGUUUUCUUAAAACUGUUUUGAUCUACAAAUAGUUUUCCCUGUAAUGCGUUCAAAGUUCAGUUUGUUUCCCUCCUUUGGUUUGAUCUGACUGCUAUAAAGCUGCUCAAACCUGACCGUUUUUAUGAAAGCAGAUCAGGUCUGCAAAACAUCAUCAGAAUCAGAGAUGCUUUGUUCAUCGUAGGCAUCCCAGUCAGAGAGUAGUUGUAUUAAAAACUGCAUAUUAACAUCAGUCUGAUCUGAUGCUAAUGUCUCUUCUGUCAUCGCAACAUCAAUGUUAAAGCCUUUGGUUCUUUUUAAACUGGUCAAAAACCACUACACUGUGCACUGCAAACUAAAUAUUGUAGCUGGUAAAGAA